AUGGAUGUGGCGAGUGAUGCUCAAGAGGAAGACGGAGAUCAACAAAUUCUGGAUGAAAAUGGUAUUGAUGAAACGAAGGUGGAAAAUGGUGAGGACAGUGAUGAUGAAUUUGAGGACGAUGGAUCAAUAUUUGAUGAAUGGGGUGAGGGGGUGAUAGCCGAUGAUACUUGUGCAUUGACCGAUCAGACACUCGUUAUACAAUUAUUACAGAAAUGUCGAAUAUUUGUCAAUAAAAUUAAAAAAGCGUCCUCAUCAGCCACAAAAUUUUGGAAAACAUAUUCAAAUCAACUGCCAGUAUUAUCAAAAGUGGCUCGAAAAUAUCUGGCCACACCAGGUACAAGUGUACCGUCUGAGUCAGCAUUUAGUACCUCAGCAUACUUGGCUAGAAAGCAACGUCCACGUCUAACACCCGAUAGUUUAGCUGUUAGUGUGUUUCUGAAAGACAAGAUAGAAGAUUAG